AUGUUGAUGGCUGUUGCACAAGAUGGAAACAACAAUAUAUUUCCAGUAGCAUUCGCAAUAGGGCAAGGUGAAACUGCCGCGAGUUGGAGUUUCUUUCUAAGGAAUCUCCGAGAAUAUGUUGCUCCUCAACCUGAUCUUUGUUUAAUCUCUGAUAGACAUGCUUCCAUUGAAAGUGCUUACAAAAAUUCAACAAACGGAUGGCUACACCCACCAUCAACACAUGUAUACUGUAUUCGCCAUAUUGCCCAGAAUUUCAUGCAGGAGAUUAAGGAUAGGCACCUCCGGAAAACACUAGUCAAUGCAGGAUAUGUAUUAACUCAACCUACAUUCCAACAUUAUCGGAGUGAAAUUAUAUUGUCAAAUCCGAAUGUGGGAAGUUGGAUUGAUAACCUUUCCAGGGAGAAAUGGACCAGGGCUUACGACAACGGCGUGCGAUGGGGCCACAUGACAACAAAUCUAGUAGAAUCCAUGAAUGGUGUUUUUAAGGGCAUUCGAAACCUUCCUAUCACUGCACUGGUGGAGAAAACCUACUUUAGGAUUGCUUCGCUAUUCUCAACAAGAGAACAAUCAGCGAAGGCCAACAGUCAUCAUGUAACUGCUUUCGAUCGAUUCAACCGCACCUUCAGUGUUCGAGAAACAAUUGAGCACAAUGAAGGAUUUCCGAGACAACAAUAUCAGGUUCUACUAAAUGAUCAUUGGUGCGAUUGUGGAAAGUUUGAAGCAUUUCGUAUGCCUUGCUCACAUGUCAUAGCAGCAUGUGCAUUUUCACACCGAGACGCAUUAUCACUACUAUCUCCAAUUUACAAGGCUGAUACAUUGCUCCAGGUAUAUAGAGUGGCAUUUCCAGUGGUAGCAAAGAAGGAUUUUUGGCCUAAGUAUGAUGGGGAGGAUAUUAAAUUGUUUCCUAGAAAGAAACAUCCUCCUGAAGUGCUCUUCCUAUUGUCAGCACUUCCUGCCCAAUCAGCAUCACAAUAUCCAGUUAAUGCAGAUCUAGAUCCAUGA